UUUUUCCACGUGUUUUUUACUUUUUCCCAAUUCCCCCGUUUUACAAAUUUUUCAAAUUAUAUGCUUAUCCGUAACGUUUCCAAGUUAAAUGUGGAUAUUUCUUGUGUAUUUUUAACUUUUUCCAAGUCUCUCACUCAGCCUAAACAUUUUUGCAAAUCAUUCGUUACAUUCUCUAUUUUUAUUUACGCCUCUAAAUUCUCUCCCCAGCUUUACAUUUUUCAAAUCAUAUUUAUCCGUUACGUUCUCUUAUUUUCUAAAUAUAGCAUCCCUAUUUCAAUUCAUGUUUCCAUUUGA